CGAGAGCCAAGGUUCUGUCACUGUCCAAUCCGGGAAUGCAUUUGAUAAGGCGAUUUGCGAACCGAAUUGAUUUGCAGGCGCAUGUGUGGGGCGUCCGCAUCGUGUUGAAGGUAACACGCACCAAGCUACUUUCACCUUGUUUUUGUUGACCCUAAGGAGAAACCGAGCAAUGACAUGACGAACAUGUGCUGGCUUGCUGAUCAAGAUCUCGAGACCCUGAUAAAGAGAUUGAAGACUGCACGCCGAGACAGUGUAUCAUCCGCUGCAUCCAGCCUGCAUCGGAACGUGGAGUCAUGUGGGAGCUGAUGAGAUGUGGAAAUAGACUAGUACGGCUCAGAUGGGGUCACCUUCGAAAGGCGUCAUCGACCCUUUUUUGCAUGUCCAGAACCUGUCCACUUGCGAAGCUCCAGUCUUCCCAAACCAGAUUGUGGCUCACCCUACAGCAAUAAUCAUUGCAAUGGCGAAGCAACUAGCGGACCUAAUCUUGGAAAGAAUCGCCGGACUCCAAUAAGCUGCAUAUGGGGGUAGGCCAUAAUUCAGUGACAUAGGAAUCUAAAGAUCCGAUACCCAGUCAUCCUGUGGAACACAGUACACGUGUCUAUCAUUCACUUUCUGUAUGUAACGUUUUGUUUGUUUGUUUUAUUCUGGAUAUUUAACCUGCAGAGCUUACACGAGCGCCAAGGGCAGGG